AUGUCUGCAGACGCUCGCAAAUUAAAAACUCUUAUAGCUCAACGCUCUGUAGAACUUACUAAAAUUAAAGAACUUAAAAAAUCCGCUGAUCAAGUUCUUGAAGAUCCAAAUUUUCACCCUAACUUUAGAUUUUCCGCACAGGAUAAUGGCGAUAUUGAUCCUCAUGUCAAAAUUCGAACUGAAUUUAAUGAUUAUUAUUUUCACAUUGAAGCAUUAUUCACAAAUUUAUUUCCGCAAACGAAAUCGGAGCUGGAUACUACACAAUUACAAAACACUACUGCUCAAUGUUCAGUAAAACUUCCUAAAAUUGAGGUACCCCAUUUUGAUGGUGAAUUUAAACAUUGGCAAACAUUUAUCGAUAUGUUUGAUUCUCUUAUACGCUGUAACUCAUGUCUUAGUGAUAUAUCGAAAUACAACUAUCUAGUGAGUUUCUUACGAGGUCCUCCUUUAGCUUUGGUAUCUAGUACUCCACUUGCCAAUCAAAAUUAUAAUAUAGCAUAUCAAGCCUUAAAAAAUAAGUACGAUAAGAAACGUUUGAUUGCAAAAGCUCACUGGCAGGCUCUAGAAAAUAUUAAGCCCAUCUCUAACGAAAAUAAUCAUGAAGCUCUAAGAAAUAUGAUUGAUAUUUAUAUUCGUAAUAUUACAAUUUUAAAUAACUUGGGUUUUCCCACAGAGAGCUGGAGUUUUGUGCUAUUUAAUAUGAUUUAUGAUAGACUUCCAGAAAUUUUGCAAACUAAUUUUGAACUGGAAUGUGGCUCUGUUUUAUCACAAGACAUGCUAUACCUCAUAUCAUACGAUACACUCAUUGAAUUUUUAGAAAAACAAUGUUCAGCUAAAGAUACAAUCUCUCUAACUAAAUCGUUUUCUCAUUUUAAUAAAAAUAGUAAUUAUGACAAAACUAAAACUAAGUAUUCUCAAAAAGGUUAUAAAAAUAAACCUACCUCUUCCUUUGUUGUCAACACUCAGUUGAAACAAAAUUUAACUUGUCAAGUUUGUAACAAGGAUGAUUUUAUUUAUAACUGUUCAGAUUUUAUUGCUUUUACUCCAAAACAGAGAUAUGAUUUAAUUAAAUCCCGAAGUUGGUGCUCAAACUGUCUAGGCACUAGACAUUCUUCUAAGAGUUGUAAUUCUCGUUCCUCAUGCCUAACUUGUGGCAAAAAACAUCAUUCGCUUUUACAUUUCGAAGGUCAAAUAACAACUCCUGUAAACGUUCCUCCAUCCACUUCAUCGCAAACUCUUCCAAUUCUGCGAGCAAGCAGCUCUAUCUCAGAAGUUGUAUCUACAAAUUUAUUUGCAAAACAUAAGAAUAAAGCUCUUCUUUCUACAGCAUUAAUCAAUGUUCAAGAUGCGUGGGGUUUAUCUAAAUUUUUCCUCCCCAUCCAGUUGUGUGGCAUCGGGAAAAAUAUUUCCAAAGGUUCUCACGGUGUUAGAUGCAACAUUAAACCUGUUGGAAAGUCUGAUCCGGUCUACUCCUUGGAGUUUAUCAUAUUAAAUGAAAUUAGUGAUAAUUUACCGAUUAAUUCUCUUCCCGUUGAACAGUUCUCAAAGUUUUCUCAAUUGCCCAUAGCUGAUCCCAACUUUCACCUCUCUAAACCCGUAGAUAUACUUUUGGGCGCAGAUAUUUAUGGUUUCUUGAUAACAGGAAACAAACUCCUCUCAGAUCCAGAUCAACCCGUCGCUUUAGAAACUAUAUUUGGAUGGAUAAUUACAGGAAGAGUUAAAACAUCUAGUGUUUCGCACUCUGUAAACUUAUACUUUCUUACCUCUUAUGCUUCCUUGGAUCAAUCACUUCAAAGAUUCUGGGAGUUAGAGGCCGUUCCACAAUCCUCGACGCUUUCUUCAGAUGAAAAGCUUGCCGAAGAACGCUUUUAUAAAACAUUUUCACGCACUCUUUCUGGACGUUAUAAAGUAUAUUUACCAUUUAAAACUUUGGAACCGAUCUUUGAAGGUUCUAGAGAUGUCGCCCUUCGUAGAUUUUUCUCGCUCGAAAAACGAUUGCUUCGAAACCCCCAACUUUAUUCUCAAUAUUCUAAUUACAUGCGUGAAUAUUUAGAUUCUCAAUAUAUGAUUGCCGUGCAAAAUACUUCUCCCAACGCUUAUUCUUAUUAUCUGCCUCAUCAUUGCGUAAUCCGACCAGAUAGUCUCACGACCAAACUUAGAGUUGUCUUUGAUGCUUCCGCUCGAGAUUACACAAAUAAAUCUUUGAAUGACACUCUCUUAACUGGGCCAAAAUUACAGUCAGAUAUUUUAUCUAUUUUGCUUCGAUUUAGAUCGCAUUUGAUUGUAUUUGCUAGCGAUAUUAAACAAAUGUUUAGUCAAAUUCUUGUUAAUGAAAAUCAUACUGAAUACCUCAAAAUUUUAUGGCGAUUUAACGCUAAUGAGCUCAUUCAAGAAUACAAACUUACUCGUGUUACUUUUGGUUUAAGCUGUAGCCCAUUUUUAGCCAUUCGAGUUAUAAAACAAAUUGCUUCAGAAAAUUUAGUAAAAUAUCCCGAAGCAUCAAAAAUUUUAGAUAUGGAUACGUAUGUCGAUGAUAUUAUAUCUGGUUGCGAUUCUGUUUCUCUUGCUAUAAAAAUUCAACACGAUCUCAUUUCUAUACUCAAACACAGCGGUUUUGAACUUAGAAAAUGGACUUCGAAUAGCUCAGAUUUUCUUUCUCAGUUAUCUCCAAAUGAAUGCAAAAUGGAUUCUUCUCUCUCUUUAAAUAUAAAUUCUCUUUCUUCCUCUAAAGUUCUAGGACUAAACUGGAAUCCCUCUACAGAUGAAUUUUUCUUUGAUUCACCAGCGUUGUCCUUGACAAACAAAAUCUGUAACAAACGCAAUAUUCUUUCACAACUCGCAAGCAUAUUCGAUCCCUGUGGCAUGUUCUUUCCUCUCACUCUUCACAUAAAACUGAUUAUACAAGAUUUGUGGAAGCUAGGUAUAAAUUGGGAUGAUCCUGCUCCCAAUAACAUUGCUACAUCUUGGCAUCAACUCGUUCAAGAAUUACCUUGUAUUUUCUCUCUCAAAGUUCCUCGAUAUUUUCUCACUCUCAAAUAUUUAUCCCUGGAAGUACAUGGUUUUUGUGAUGCUAGUGAAAAAGGCUAUUGUGCAGUAAUUUAUUUCAGGAUAAUUCUUCCAGAUAACUCUGUAAAAACAAAUUUUGUCUGCGCUAAAGGCAAAGUAGCUCCACUCAAAAAAAUCUCAAUUCCAAGACUGGAACUCUGUGCAGCCUUACUUCUGACCAGGUUAAUUGAUUUCGUUAGAACUUCUCUUACUAAUAAACUUAUUAAUGUUAGUACGAUUGCAUGGUCCGACUCGAUGGUUGUUUUGCAUUGGCUUAAAAGUGAACCAUAUAAGUGGAACACCUUUGUAAGCAAUCGAAUUUCCCAAAUUCAAGAGAAAUUACCUCCUUCUUGUUGGCGUCAUGUAGUCUCCAAAGACAAACCCGCUGAUCCAGGUUCUCGUGGUCUUCAACCUAGUGAGUUACUUGACAAUGCCUUAUGGUGGGCGGGACCUCCAUGGCUAAGCCAACCGGAAUCUUAUUGGCCGCAAUCAAUUUUUACUUUCCCUGAAACUGAAGAAGAACAACGAAAAGUUAUAUUGACAUGUACUUCACAGCCCUCAUUGUUUGAUACUCUCUUUGAAAAGUUCUCUUCUUUCUCUAAAAUUAUAAAUAUUGUCACGUUUUGCAGACGCUUUCUCUAUAAUACUCGACAUUCUAAAUCUCGUAAAACCUCUCCUCUCUAG